UAUGAAAUAAAAACAGCUGUUUUCAUAAACACAUUUUCUGGUUGUGUUGCAUAAAUAAAUAUUAAAAAGUUGAAAUUAAAUGAUGAAUACAAAAUUUAGCAGAAGUGCUAGAAAUUUAACACUACAUUCUGGUUUUAUAGUUCAGCAAUUGUUAAAACGUGGUACAUCUAAAAUUGCUGUGGAAAUUAACCCAGAGCUAGCUAGAAAAUUGGAAAACGAUGAAUUGAAACCGCGUAAACAUCCUGGCAUUGUACGAAAACAACACAUCGUAUUACCACCGCAUAUUAAUACUGCUCUCCAACGUAUUAUUGGCGAUAUACCCGUGAAGAGUAUUCUCAAAGAUGGUAAACAAUUAAAUAAAUAUUUGGCAGCGCGUCAUCCGCCACUUGAAAAGGGUGAAAUGCGUAAAAAAAUACGUGACAUAAAAAGGGAAUAUAAUGAAAAGUUUCCUUUGCCAGAAAACUUUGAAGAAUUGAAGGAGGAAGAAAAGCAACGUUUACUGCAAAAAAGACAAAAUGCCGUAGGUAAGAAAUUUGCGGAGUGUACUUAUGCUUGGAAGCCAACAAUUUAUACUGGAUAUGAGGCUAUUGUAUAUGCGAUCACACGUGGUGCACAUGAGUAUAGUGUGCUGCUGUCCAUAUUGCAUGAGUUACAAUCACGAGACAUUAAAUUUCAGCCACAUAGCUAUUUUGAUUUCGGUUCUGGUAUUGGUACAGGCAUGUGGGCUGCAAGCACUCUUUGGGAAGAUGCCAUAUUUGAAUAUUUCAAUGUAGAUAGUUCAAGAGAUAUGAAUGACUUAUCGGAACUUAUAUUGCAAGAAGGUCGAGACAAUCAACAAAAAAUAUUACGAAAUGUCUAUUACAGACAAUUUUUACCUAGUCUUGAUACUAAAUAUGAUUUAGUAGUAUCAUCCUAUUCAUUGUUUGAAUUGCCAAAUGCGCAGCAACGUAGAGAAGUGGUAAAGAAUCUUUGGGAGAAAUGUUCUGGCUAUUUAAUAAUAGUAGAGGAAGGCACUAGACGCGGAAGUGAACUUGUAAAUGAAGCGCGAGAUCUUCUUUUAACAUUAGGAGAUGAUAAUAAUAAAUGUCAUGUACUGGCACCGUGUCCUCAUGAUUUACCUUGCCCGCGUUUAAAUAAUUUAACGGAUCGUACACCGUGCAAUUUUGAAGCCGCCUAUAAACCUUUGCAUAUUGGUGAAGUUAAAUCAGAAAGGCAAAUUGCUCGUUAUAGUUAUGUUAUCAUGAAAAAAGGAGAAUUGCAAGAUGAGACUCGUGAUUGGCCACGUUUGGUAAGACCAACAAUACAACGUUCCAAACAUGUUAUAUGCAGAAUGUGUACAGCUGAUGCUAACCUCCAAGAAAUCAUAUUUACAAAAUCUAAACAUGGCAGUUCUGUCUACCAGUGUGCCAAAGUAACAGAUUGGGGCCAUAGGCUGCCUAUAUCAAUAGGAGAGAAAUUUGAUACAGAAACAAAACACACAAAAUUUCUAAAGCAAAAAGCCGAAAUACAAAAACUAAAUCAAUCAGAAACUGAAAAUGUUAGAGAAGUUUGAAAAAAAUAAUAUCUUUAUUGUUGUUAAAAUUUUAUUUAGCAUUAAGUUGGUAUUAGUUAAUGCAGUC